AUGGCGGAGAGCGCCGCAGACUCGACAAAAAGUGAGGAUGAUAGCUCAGAGGGCACAGAUUCCAAGCUCCACCCUCCCCCAAUAAAUUUGGGGGAAAAAACAUCGCUAGGGAAUCCCCUACCCACAUCGCAUAAUGAGACCCAAGAUGCUUCAUCCAAUGAUAAUGGCCAAGUGAGCAGCUCAGACGCCAGAGAACCGUCUCAGACUGUCAUUCAGCCAUCUAAAUUCUCAGCGGUCCACAGGGCUUCUGGGGUGAGU